AUGGGAUCAGACGCCCGCAAAGGCGACGAUGGCACGAUCAAAGUCGCAUCGAAGAACAAGAACGGCCGAAUAAAGCUGAAAAAGCCUGCGCCAAAGCACAGUAAACCCGGAAAUUGGAGGGAUGGUGGUGUUAUUGAAGGUGACAAGAAGAAGAGCGGCAUCCCCCCUGAGGCUGCGCUUUCUCCAGGUCCUGUAGUCAACGAACUAGACGAAACAUCCCGCGAAACAUUUGCGACAGGGCGGCCGCUUGAAGAUAGUCCUGAUCUCCAACAAUGCAAACACUGCAAGAAGAGCGUGCUGAAGACGGCUGCCAAGGCACACAUUGCGCAGUGCCUACGGUUAAAGAAAGAGAAGGCACAGAGAAAAAAGGAAGCCCGCGAAGCCAGAGAAAGAGCAAAGGAGGCAGCAAGGCAAGAAGAGCAGCGGAAAGAGGACGAAGAAAAUGGCAUAGAACGAAAUGACGACGAUAGCGAUGACGACGCCAUAUCGGCCGAAAAGAAGCCCACCGGAAGCAAAACUGCCAAGAAGGCUGCUGGGAAGAAGCCAGAAGACGAUAAAAAGGGGAAGAAGCGAAAAGCUGAUGGAGACCCAGACAAGGGGCCAAAGAAUAAGAAGAAGAAGGAUGAACCUAAGGCUAAAGUUCUCAAACCAAAAGGACCUGUGGACGUAGAACGACAAUGUGGUGUUCUGCUCGCCAACGGGCAGCCGUGCGCGAGAUCACUGACAUGCAAGAGCCACAGCAUGGGCGCCAAACGUGCAGUUGCCGGGAGGUCUCUGCCAUAUGACAUGCUUCUUGCUGCUUACCAGAAGAAGAAUCAGGCAAAACAGCAGAAGGCAGCACUUGACGCCAACGCUCCGAUAGAAGAUGAAGACGAAGCAAAUAACGGACCUGUCGACUCGGACGAAGAAACAACUGCUGUAAUGAGUGCAUUAUCACAAUGGCGCCCACAGCCUUUAAUACCGCAGCCCACUUUCACACCUAUAAAACGGCAAUACCAACUUGCGAGACUACAUGAACAGCUUCAGAUGGCUACCAAUAGUGGGAGGACAAACAUUUUCUCCGUCACUGGUUUUGGGACGCAAAGGCUACCUGAAGGUCAUCAUGGAUUGCAACCAGCCGCCGAAGAUGCCCCAGGAGAAAUGGAUCUUGGAGUUGCGGGUUUUGGCAACUCGAGCAGGACGACGGCUUCUUUUACACCUCAGAGGCAACCAUCCGUUUCGAGCAGGGCAUAG